GGGGGGUACUUUUUCUGCGGCGCCGCCUGGCGGAGAAUUUUCCUUGAAUUGGGACACUGCACCCUAGUUAUAUAAGAAUCGUCACGAUGCGGUCGUCAUUAAGUCUGGUUCCCAGAACGGACUCAUGCUGGACACUGGCAGCUCAUAGGGCAAGGAACCAUACCACGUUCCCGGCGCAUCUCGUGCAUACGUGGCACACACGCGCAGCUUUUGAAUCGUCUUGAACUAGUAAAACCCUAAUAGUAACAUCGGUCAGUCAGAGAUAUGGCUUCGACCAUAAAAUUUGCCUUUGUGAGGUACUUAAAGGACAACGAGAAGGACAUUGUUCCUAUACAUUACAUCAAGAACUUCAGACUAACUGCAGCGAAGGACUUUGACUCAGCGAAAGCGUAUUUAGUACAGUGGCGUGGUGACGUGGCAAGCCCUGUGUAGCAGCAGUGACGAGGACGUGUACAUGUACUACAAGGCUCAGAUACUGAUGCUUGGAGCUACCCGACAGGAACUUGAACAGAAGAAAAAAGCCUCCCGAGUUAGAAUCCCAAAGGUGUUGGACACAAGUGUGGAAAGUUCUUCCUCUGAGGAUGAAUGUGAAGUCAUUCAAAAGGAAACAGCAAAGAUCCGUAAAGAGGCACAGAGAAGUAUGGAAGCUGCCAAGCAAAGAAGCCUUAAGUCAAUGAUCAAACAAAAGCUGGAAAAAAAGAAGGCAUCACCAGUGUUUGAAUCAGUGAAUCAUGCAGUGCAGGAGGUGGCUCAGUCAUGCCAGAGUAAGGACUGUGCAUCAAAGUUGCACAGCAUGAAGCGCCGUUGUAUGGAUGCGGAGGCCACCAUUGCUAAACUGGAAGCUGAGACUAAGCGGGCCCGCACUGAAGCAGCAGAAUAUCAAAAACUAAACAAACAACUGCAAACUCAGCUGUUGGAAGCAUUGAGAGGAAAAACAGACGACAAUGUUAAGAAAUCCACUCCAGAACCACUAGAAACUGAGGUUUGCAGUGUGGAUGACAUGCCAGCUAAAGAAGGCCCAAGCUACGUUGAAGAAGACGGAAAGAUCUCUCUGGGAGCAGGUAUUUCACUGACGAGUCGUCAGUGGAAUGCCGUCAAUAGCCAAAACAAGAACUCCUUGUUUGUCAAGGGCCUUGCAGUGGCGGUAUGGGGGACCAAUGUCCUGAAAGAUAGGUCAGUGGAGGGCAAACUUUGUCCCCGAUUUAGCCAGCGAGAGGCCAAAGCGCCUCUAAGCCCAGAGAAAUUGAAGGCUGUGAAAGAGUGCUUCAUGAAUCGCCUUCAGCGUCAGAAGGUUAGUAAAGAAGAAAUGGAGAUGGAAAAUAAGAAGUUUAAGAGGUAUCUCUCUGAAAAGAUACAAGAUAUCAAUAGAUUAAUGAAAAAGCAGGCAAAACAGUAAUUACACCAUAACACCUGCCUGCAUACAUUAAAGACGUUCUGUCAGUGCUCAGGUCGGGAAUCGAUUUCUUUUACCAAACGAAUAUUUGGAGAUUAUGUAGUUUAUUAACAAAUGACAAAAAAAAAGAACACUGUUAUGUAAUUUAUUACAAAUUUACAAAAGCAACAAACUCAAUUUUCGUUAGGUGUGCGCUUUAACCACCAAAAUUUAGUUCAAAUUCUGUGUGUUAAUUAUUUUCAUAUACAUGUACUUGUAUAAGUAGGUUAGAAUGUCUGGACGUUGAUAAUGACCCCCACCUUUGCCUCAGAUCAGCGUCCAGACUCCAGCAGUCUUAAUUAGUGUUUAAUAAAAAUGGCAAACCACAGGUGUGAACCACUCUGUGAAAACGAGUCUGAUAUCCCAUACUUUCAGUCGAUGUUUUUGCCAUUUUAAGUGGAUGGAGUGAAAAUUUAGUCAAAGUUUGGGUUUUGUGUUUUUAUUUAAUUUUGGUUGCUUUUUUAUUUUGUUUACAUUUUGUCAUAACAAAAUCAGUAUUUUGGGUUGUGUUUCUAGGUUAUCUGCAUUACAUUUGUCAUUUUUCAAACCCCUUUUCUCCAUUGAGAUAUUUCAUACAAGAAGUGCACAGAAUGAAACUAGCACAGCAAUGCAACCAGAUAUCCCAGAGAGGUCCAUGAUAUAUACCAAAUAACAGUGUUGCAUUCUCUUUUCGUUAAUGUAGCUAACGCAAAACUUCAGUUCACAGAACGGGCCACGUAUUAUUUCCUUUGUAACGACAAAAGCACAGUAUUUUUACUUUGUUUUAUAUUGCUUGAUUCCCAUUCUUUGCCAGACUCAAUGUGUGUCAUUGUAACCCAUAUUUUAUAAUUUAAGAAGACAAUAUUUUUGCAUUCACUGUGGUUAUUGCUAUUGUUUGUGAAAGUAAUUUUACAGGAAUCACCUUCUUUAGAACUUGCCAUUUAUUUAAUUGCAUUUAUUUAAGCCAA